CACGCAACCCCUUAGAUUAAGCGCAACCUAUAACUUUCAUUCAAGCAAAUAAAUAAAUACAAUUAAAAAAUCUCAUAGAAUGAUAUUUGUGAAGUUGCGUUUAUCACUGUCUAGUAGAAGGCGUAAUAAUUCCAACUUCAUACUUCUGUGAAAUAAGUAGUAAAGUUAUUGGUACUGACUACUGUGUAAUGUAAACAUUUAUUGGCAUUUUCUUAUAAUUACGCACGAUUGCUUCGAAUUUUAUCAACUGCAAUCAUGCACGAAGCAUACGAAGCCUCUCAUAUACUGAAUGUCACCGUACAAAUCGAAGCAAUUGCUGCUUACGAUGGAAAUUUGUUGUUGGGUACCCGGCAAGGUCAUUUAUUGAUGUACUCAUUGUCUUCGAACAAUGGCAAUCAAAAGUAUGACAUACAAUUGCUUAGAUACUGCAAGAAUUUUAGCAAGAAACCUAUACAACAAAUAGAUGUGAUACCAGAGGACAAUCUACUCUUGUGUUUAACAGACAACAUUCUGGCAACAUAUGACAUUAAUGGUGUUAAUUUUCCACUGGUUAAAACUUUUCCACAAACCAAAGGUGCUUCAUUGUUUGCUUUAGAUAAUAAGUCCACAAUAUCAAUGACUGGGGAGUCCAAUUCCAUAGUACAUCUUUGUGUGGCAGUGAGAAGAAAGCUUCAGUUGUAUUAUGGUAAAAACGGUGAAUUCAAACAACAUUUGUUUGAGUUCACAAUACCUGAUGUUCCUAAAGUCAUGGCAUGGGGUCAGCAGUAUUUGUGUGUGGGGUUCAAAGCUGAAUAUACUUUGUAUGAUCUCUCAUCAGGAAAACCCAAAGAGUUAUUCCCAACAAGCAGUUCCAGAUCUCUGGAGCCCACAAUAGCCAAAUAUUCCGAUACCUCAUUCCUCCUGGGCCGAGAUCAGGCAUCUGUUCUGGUUGAGGAAGCUGAGGAGAUAGAAAUUAAGAAAACCAUUAAGUGGCCUGAGGCACCUAUUGCUGUUGUUUGGGAUGAGCCAUUCAUUUUAGGAUUAGUGCAAGAUGAAAUCAAGGUGCAAACUGUUGAACCACCACUAUUUAUACAAACCUUACCUGAACUCAAGAAAGCAAGACUGAUGUACAGAUGUAAGCGCGGCUUGAUAUUCGUGUCGUCUGUGGGGCAGGUGUGGUGCCUCACCGCCGUGGAUGUGAACAAACAGCGCGAGCAGCUACUGAAGGACAAGCAGUUUCAGAUAGCAAUCGACUUGACGAAAUUAUCGGAAUGUUCCGAGGAAGAGAAAAAGAAAUCGAUACAGUCUAUCCAACGGUUGUACGCAUACGACUUGUUCGACAACUGUUUAUACUCGCAGUCCAUGAAGGAGUUCAUCAAGUUGCAAACUGAUCCUGCAGAGGUCAUUCACCUGUUCCCAGAACUCGAUGGCAAGGAGAGUGAAUGCUCAAAGAACAAGAAACUCAAAGGGAAGGAUCUAGAAAAUGCUUUAUAUGCGUUGAUAGAGUAUUUAGUGGACGUGCGAUCGGCCAUCGGGCAGAAUAAGUCGGAGGCUGGGCCUAGCCAGGAGCAAGCCAGCCGAAGGAAUGUCACUCAGCAGCUGGAGCUGAUUGAUACCACUUUGUUGAAGUGCUACUUGCAGACGAAUGACGCGCUCAUCGCGCCCCUACUUCGUCUCAACAAUUGUCAGCUGGAAGAAACUGAAAGAACGCUGCUCAAACAUGGCAAACAUAGCGAGCUCAUCAUCUUGUACCAAACCAAGGGCCAGCACACCAAAGCUUUGCAGCUGCUCAGGGAACAGGCGAAGCAACCCGACUCGAGUCUCAAAGGGUACACGAGAACUAAGAAUUAUUUGCAGAACCUUGGUGCGGAACAUAUAAAUCUAAUAUUCAAGUUUUCCGAUUGGAUCUUGAAAGAACACCCGGAAGAAGGACUGAAGAUAUUCACAGAAGACAAAGUGGAAGUGGAGAACCUCCCUCGCCCCAAAAUACUUGACUUCUUAUUGAGAGAACACGAGAACCUAGUGAUACCUUAUUUAGAACAUCUGAUACACACGUGGAACGACAACAAUCCUUUGUUCCACGAUGCCUUGAUCAGUAUGUACAGGGACAAAGUGACCACUAAAAAAGGCGAUAUAACCGAGGAAGAGUAUCAGCAUACGAAAGCGAAGUUGGUAGCGUUCUUAGAAAAGUCUCCUCAUUAUACACCAGAGAGGGUAAUACUACAUUUUCCCGCGGAUAGCCUUUUUGAAGAGCGGGCUGUUAUUUUGGGUAAACUCGGUCGACAUGAGCAGGCUUUGGCGAUAUAUGUGCAGAUUUUGGGCGACGUAGACCGAGCGAUCCGUUACUGCGAGAACGUGUGCGACACAAUCAAGGAUAAGAACCAAGACGUGUACGUGACCCUCAUGCGGAUCCUCAUGCACCCGGACAAGAGUGCGGCCCUGAGUGGGCCCCUGGCCGACGUGGCGCGCCACCCCGCCACCGCCGCGCCCGACCUGGAGACGGCCCUGGCGAUAUUGGAGAAACAUGCGGACAAGAUCUCGCCCUUGAAGGCGCUGUCAGUGCUGCCUGACUCGGUGCCGUUGAGCCGCCUCAAGCAUUUCCUGGAGAGUGCACUGGACGGCCAGCUGACGCUCAAGCGCCGCUCGCAGAUACUCAAGGGGCUUCUCUACGCCGAGCACAUGCAGGUGCAAGAGCUAAAGCAUUUCCACGAGUCGAAGAACGUGGUGAUAGCCGACUACGACGUGUGUCCAGUUUGCAAGAAGCGAUUCGGCAACCAGAGCGCUUUCGUGCGCUACCCCAACGGAGAAAUCGUCCACUACUCCUGCACCUCCAAACAACCUGUAGCUGCGCGAUAGAUUUGUGUCUUCUAGAUAAUAUUAUCUAUAUAGAUUUCAAUGAUGACGCCAUUUUAAAAUAGAAGACAUAUUUAUUUUGAUCUCUAUUAAAAAUAUUGCUUAGACAAACAUCUAUUUUGUAAACGUUUUGUUACAACAAGCAAACCUCGAAGCCUUGGAAUGACGGCGUAUUCAUUUUUGAAAUAGGUUAUGCCAAUUAUAGUCAUGUAGUUAAAAAGAGGGCUGCAAAGGUCAUCAACCGUUCAUUUGGUAAAGUAUCGAGCCAUUAUCAAACAAUAGUCUCAUGGUUCUUAUGGACAGCAAAACGUAUAAUUACAAAGUUAUAAAAAGUUCAUUCUUUGUUUGGGUAUGCACGGUUUAUUCGUUUCAGCUCGGAAUGAAAACUUCUCAAAAUGACAACCGGGGCGCAAAAUGUCCACUUCUCGAAAUGACAACUUCUUAAAAUGUCAACUUCGCU